UAGUAUGGCUCGGAACUCUGCUACGGAACAAGUGUUGAGAAUUUUAAUUUUUGUUUAAUAAAUUAUUAUUAAAAAAAUAACGCAUAACGGAUUGUUUUUUAUUUAAUACAACGAAGAAAAUGUCAUCGCGAAGAUGGUUUCAUCCCACAAUAUCGGGCAUCGAAGCUGAAAAAUUGCUGUUGGAACAAGGUUUCGAUGGUUCAUUUUUGGCCCGUUUGUCCUCUUCAAAUCCCGGUGCAUUUACAUUAUCUGUACGAAGGGGUCAAGAAGUGACACACAUAAAAAUACAAAAUAAUGGUGAUUUUUUCGAUCUCUAUGGAGGUGAAAAGUUUGCAACAUUACCUGAAUUGGUACAAUAUUAUAUGGAAAAUGGUGAAUUGAAAGAGAAAAAUGGUCAGGUGAUAGAAUUAAAACAACCGCUCAUAUGUGCGGAACCCACAACAGAAAGAUGGUUUCAUGGCAAUCUUUCUGGUAAAGAAGGUGAAAAAUUGUUAUUGGAGCGUGGAAAGAAUGGUUCAUUUCUGGUCCGUGAAUCCCAAUCGAAACCAGGCGAUUUUGUUUUAUCUGUAAGAACCGACGAUAAAGUUACACAUGUCAUGAUACGUUGGCAGGACAACAAAUACGAUGUUGGCGGUGGUGAACCAUUCAAUACAUUAUCAGAAUUAAUUGAACACUACAAACGCAAUCCAAUGGUUGAGACGUGCGGUACGGUUGUCCAUUUGCGACAGCCAUUUAAUGCUACACGCAUCACUGCAGCUGGCAUCAAUGCUCGUGUAGAACAAUUGGUUAAGGGAGGCUUCUGGGAGGAAUUUGAAGCUUUGCAACAGGACAGUCGUGACAUUUUCUCACGCAAUGAAGGCUAUAAACUGGAGAAUCGCAAUAAAAAUCGUUACAGAAAUAUAUUACCAUAUGAUCACACUCGUGUCAAAUUAAACGAUGUCGAUCAUAGCAUAUCCGGCGCUGAAUAUAUCAAUGCCAAUUAUAUACGCUUACCCACCGAUGGUGAACAGAACAACAUGAAUGCUUCCCAGGAAAGUUUAAACGCCAUGGUCUCCUCGUGUCCAGCCUGUACAGCUGCCCAAAUUCAGAAGAAUUGUCCCAACUGCCAGUUGUUAAACAAAACCUGCGUACAGUGUGCGGUGAAAACUGCCACAUUGCCCUACAGCAAUUGUGUUACGUGCAACAAGAAAACUGAUAAUUUGAAUAAGCACAAACGCAGUGAAUCGCUGACAAAUAAUGCAUUAAUGGGUAAUUGUAAUGGUUUAAGUCAACCACAACAAUCACAGCAACAACAACGUGCAGGAGCUUCGGGAUCCAACGGCGGUGCUGGUGGUGGUAUUGCUCUUUCACGUCCACUCAACAAAAAGAAUAGCAAUGAUUUAACCGAACGUGAAAUGUUCAAAACCUACAUUGCUACCCAGGGUUGUUUGGCCAAUACCAUUACCGAUUUCUGGAAUAUGAUAUGGCAGGAGAAUACCCGUGUCAUUGUGAUGACAACCAAAGAAUUUGAACGUGGCAAAAAUAAAUGUGCCAAAUAUUGGCCAGAUGAGGGACAGACGAAACAAUUUGGUCCGGCCAAAAUUCAAUGUGUCUCCGAGAAUUCCACCAAUGAUUACACAUUGCGGGAAUUCCUGUUUUCAUGGCGUGAUCAGCCAGAGAGGCGUAUCUUUCAUUAUCAUUUUCAGGUGUGGCCCGAUCAUGGUGUACCCGCCGAUCCGGGUUGUGUGUUGAAUUUUUUGCAAGAUGUCAACACAAAGCAGGGGCAAUUGACACAGGCUGGUGAUAAACCGGGUCCUAUUUGUGUACAUUGUUCAGCGGGUAUUGGCCGCACCGGUACAUUUAUAGUGAUAGAUAUGAUUUUGGAUCAGAUCGAUAGGAAUGGUUUAGAUACCGAAAUCGAUAUACAACGCACAAUACAAAUGGUACGAUCCCAACGUUCUGGUCUAGUACAAACCGAGGCACAAUAUAAAUUCGUUUAUUAUGCUGUACAGCAUUACAUACAAACACUAAUACAGCGUAAACGGGCCGAAGAGCAAAGCAUACAAGUUGGUCGUGAAUAUACAAAUAUAAAAUAUACUGGUGAAAUUGGCAACGAUACACAAAGAUCUCCUUUACCACCUAAUUUAAGUUUAGCAAGUAAACAACAACAGCAACAGAUUAGCUCGUCCAGCAAUAGCAUCGCUAAUGCUGACAAUAUUCAAGCAUCGAAAUCAGCUUUUAAUAAAAUGCCAUUGGCAUCGCCAACAACACCAAGCAGCCGUCAUAAAUUUACACAGGCCACGGUCACACAACCACAACAGCAACAACAAAUCUACAGCAACGAUGUAUUUCAAGCAACAACACCAAAACACAACGAACAACAUCAUCCAACCCAUCAUCCUCAUACACCACAACAACAACCGCAACAGUUGCAGCAUCAUCAAACGUCCUCAUCAUCAAUCACAUCGUCGUCGAGUAGUGGACAUGCGGCGGGAACAGGUAAGCAGGUCUCGUCACGGCCCGGUUUGCUCAAAUUGUUUACUCCCGUCAUUUUUCAGCCUACGAAAACAUUCCCAAAGACAUGAUGAGGCAUCAUUAUGCGGCGCCUCCUCCAACACCGCCACGUAAAACAUGACAAUUAAAGUUUUGAAUCAUUCAUUGAUUACUUCGUUUUGUAAUUUUUGUUCCC